GAACUCCUCGGAAGCCACGUCUGAGGCGCCCCCAGAAACCUGCCCUCCGCCUCCCUCACGGCUCCCUCCGCGCAGCCAGGAACAGCUCUGCCGUUCCCUUGGAAGAAAAACUUCAAGGGCAGCAGCGGCGGCGGCUGGCACCACUUCUCCUAAUAGCUUCAAGGCAGCACCGCGACACGGCUAAGGCAAUUUCAUAACAUCGGCCGGCCUUUCUUCCUGGCUUGAGCUAUCUUUGCAGGAAAUAUCAAUUCAUCAGAAAAGCAAAAUGCGUAGCAGAAAGCCCUUGGGGAUUCAACUUUUUGAGUGUGCCCGGGGGAGUCCCAUCUCCUUCAGAUCAUGUCAGGCUCUUGUACUAGUUCUGACGUUCUUAUCAUACGCCAGCUACCAUGCCACUAGAAAAACCACAAGCAUUGUUAAGAGUGUUCUUGAUCCUAAGACAAACCUAGGUAUGUUGCAUUGGCCCAGUCAUCUCUACCUUCAAAAUUUGAAAGGUGCAGAGAACAAUAAUGCGACUCUCUCCGGCGGUUGGGCUCCGUUCAACGCUGAAGAUGGCACUGUAUUGCUUGGGGAGAUUGACUUGGCUUUUCUUGGUGUAUAUGCAAUUGGGAUGUUCUUUGCUGGCCAUUUGGGCGACAGGGUGGAUCUGAGGAUCCUGCUGACUAUAGGAAUGAUAGGAACUGGAUUGUUCACCGCCGCCUUUGGAGCCGGCUACUGGUUCAAUGUACACAGCUUCUACUACUUUCUGGGCAUGCAGAUGGUGUCUGGCCUGUUUCAGUCAUCUGGAUGGCCUUCAGUGGUUGCAGUAGUUGGUAACUGGUUUGGGAAGAGCAAGAGGGGACUGAUAAUGGGGAUAUGGAAUGCUCACACAUCUGUAGGAAACAUAUCUGGCUCUCUGAUUGCUGCUGCCAUGCUGAAGUAUGGAUGGAGCUGGUCCUUUGUGGUGCCCGGUAUCAUGAUCGCACUGGUCGGGCUCACGGUGUUCCUCUUCUUGCCUGUUGGGCCUGAUGUGAUUGGAAUCCAGGAGGAUCUCCAUUUGAAGGACUCUGAGAAGAGUGACAUGGACGCUCCCUUGUUGGAACGACGCUCAUCAGAUGUAAAAGAAAAGGCAGUGGGAUUUAUUGAGGCGUGGAGAAUUCCUGGUGUAGCACCUUUCGCCCUCUGCCUUUUCUUCUGCAAGCUUGUGGCCUAUACCUUCCUGUAUUGGCUUCCCUUUUAUAUCAGCCACACAGCUAUCGGUGGACAAUACUUGUCAGACUCGGAAGCCGGGGUACUGUCAACUCUGUUCGACGUGGGUGGCGUUGUUGGCGGCAUCCUCGCGGGCCACAUCUCCGACCACCUGGACGCCCGGGCGCUGACGGCAGCGAGUUUCACCUUCUCGGCGAUACCGGCGCUCUUCUUCUACCGCAUCUACGGGAACGUCUCGCUGGCGUGGAACAUCGCGCUCAUGUUCAUCACCGGGAUGCUGGUGAACGGGCCCUACGCGCUGAUCACGACGGCCGUGUCGGCGGACCUCGGCACGCACAGCUCCCUCAACGGCAACUCCCGCGCGCUGGCCACCGUGACGGCGAUCAUCGACGGCACGGGGUCGAUCGGCGCCGCCGUCGGCCCGCUGCUGACGGGGUACAUCUCCGCCAGGAGCUGGAGCGCCGUGUUCACGAUGCUGAUGGCGUCGGCGCUCGUCGCGGGGCUGCUGCUGUCGAGGCUGGUGGUGGCGGAGGUGGCCGCCAAGAUGGAGUCCCGGAGGACGCCCGCCCACGCCGCUAGCGACCUGCCCGUGUCCACCAUGGACGAACCGUAGACCACGAGACCACCUGUGAUUUUAGGCCUCAGGGUGAGGGGAGCAGGUGCGCUUCUGUCCCAGAACUGUGGGAUCUUGCUCCUGGUGUGCCGUGCUUCUUGUUCGUCAUGGUAUAUAUGUAUAUGGAAAUGGAAUGCAAUGUGGUUGCAGCGCGCCAGCCCGGGCGUUUCUAUCUCUGCUCUGUUAGGGAGCUGCACAUACUGCAAUUCCACUAGCCAUAGUUAGACGACCUUGUAUUAUUAGCGAAAGCAAAUCCAAGAAUGAGAGUACAACAAGGUUGCACAACUAAACAUGAGUUUUAGCUG